AUAUAUAUGAUGUAAGUUUUUUUAAAGACCUAUAUCAUUGUGUAUAUAGGCCUAUAAAAAUGUAUACAAAGCCUGUGAAAGAUAAUGCUGGAAAAUUUACAUUGCAUUUGUUUGACAUGUCAUCAUAUAUCAAAUAUUAUCUUUUUCUUCUCUUCAUUUGGGUCAGUGAGAGUUGAGAGCUACACCUGCCUUACAAGUGGUUACAAUGUGUUGCAGACAGUUUUCUUGUUUUUUUUUUUUGUGUGUUUUUUUUUUAAAUCAUUCAAAUGUUUUGUCAUACUAGCAUUUAUGUUUUGUGUACCUUUUUUGUUAUGUUAUUUGUAUUUUGUAAUGGUUUUCUUAAACAAUAUAGCCUACUUGAUAAAGCUAAUGUGUCCAUUGUUAUUAAAUCUUGAGAUUAACUAUAAUUACACCAAACUACAGCAAGCAAUAAUAUCGAUAAGGACAAAAAAAAAAUAUUUGAUAUGUAAAUAAUUUCUGUUACGUUGCGUCAGUUUGGUCAAUGCAGUGGCUCAGACGGUGACCGUUUCCAUAGUAACGAAUGUAAACAAUGAAACAAUGAGCCCUUGCAGCUCCAAAAUCAUCUUAUAGCUAGUUGUCUGAAGCAACGAAAGAUGCCGAAAAAGAAAGGAAACAAGGGCAAGGGAAAAGGAAAAGGCAAGAAAGAAGGCAAGCAUGAGUCUAAAGCCGACAAGAAUUCAGAGAUCGAAAAGUUCAAAUCAAACGCUGAUUUAUGGGAGGCGAAGUUUACUAUCACGGAAAUUUCGCGUGUCGAGUAUCGCGAAGCUACUCGCGCGCUCGCCAAAGCCAACGAGGAGCUCGCGAACCAGCAAUAUAGAGCCGAGAAAGACACAAACGAUAUUAUUAUUUUUCUGACGAGAACAGACCGUGAAAAGACAGCAACAAUUGCUGCAUUAGAAGAACAACUAAAAAGAGAAAAAGCGAAGGCUUUACAAGAGAAAGACCUUCUGGUGGCUGAAUACAUGCAGAAGAUUGAUGCUUUAGAAGAGAGGUUUAAGCAGAGGUCCAGCGACUUCCAGAGGAUGCAGGGCGAGCUCAAAACCAUUAAACAUUUUCGCAAAAUAAAGUCCAAUCUGGAAGAAGACCUGAUCAGUAUGAGAGAAAAAAUGUAUAUUGCUGACCGUGCACACCAAGAGAGUCUGACGAGAACAGAGUACAAGUUCUACACAGCACGAGUUCAUCUUGAGAAGGAAGCAGAGCAAAAGAUCACUCAGCUCGCAGAGCAAGCACAUCAUGAAGCUAUUGUGCAGCUCGGUACAGCAUCACAUACUGUGUUCAAGGAGAAUGAACGAUUGAAUGAGGCACUGAAUUAUUACGUGAAAGAGGCAGAGGAACUGAAGAGGACAAAUAUAACCUUGACAGAGAAGAAUGCUUCCCUUGCUCUCUUUAAGGAGACGAAUGAACUGAUGAGAAAAGAAGGUGAUUCCCAGAAUAGGUCCCAACAAAAUGAGAUCUCGGAGCUGAGGGCUAAAUUGGUCACACUUGAGCAAGCUCUGGGCAUCAUGUCUGGGGAGUUUGAGCAGGAGAGAGAAGAGGUGGAGCAGCGUGCCAUGGUCAGUAUGCAGGCCGACACUGCUGACCUUGAGAGGUUGGAAAUGCUUCUAGCUGCCCGCGAGAAGGAGCUGGGCCAAGUCAAACGGCUGGCUCAAAGCAUCAUCGAGCAGCGCAAAGAACUUGAACUCUUCUUUCAUGAAGCUCUUGACCAUGUAAGGAAGGAAAUAGGAACACAGCAACACUUCUACAGACAGGAGGCUCUGAAGGCCUAUCGCUGGAGAAUGAAUGAGGCUCGGGCUGGAAGGUUGGAGUAUCCUCGAAUACGGACCUUCUCUAAUGCCCCGCACAGCACCAAUGAUGUUCAGACUGACCUGGAAGAAGCUGACAAAUGGAGCAACUUGAAAAGCUCCAGUGUGGAUAUUUCUGAUCUAACAUGGGAGCAGAAAGAGAGACUACUCAAUCUGCUUUUUGCUAAAUUGAACGGGCAAAAAACAAGGAAACCCACCCAUCUUCCAGCUCUAGCAACAUCUUCCUCUGAGAAGAUCCAGGUUAGCAGUGAUGCAGGAUUUACUGAAGAAAAACGUAGCCUGACCUUUAUAACCCAGAUGCCAAUGCCCAGCAUGACCUCUGACUCCUGUGUUCUACCAGCCCUUAAGAGCACCUGACUGUAAAACUGGUCAUAUUGUGUUAUAGUUAAAUAUUUCAUCAAGACUGUAAUUCCCUGAAGUAAAAUCUUCAAAAUGUAUUUCAUCCAUCUUCAGACAAAUAUCAUCCACUCCCUUCUCUAUCCACUAAAUUAUUUUUUUAUUGUUCUAUUAGGUUUAGUCUGUAGUGUUAAUAUAUGAUUUUUUUCUCUGCUUAUUACUGCAUUCUGUAGCUAUAUUGUUCUUUCUCUUUUUAUCUCAAUCAUGAUGCUAUAUAACAAUUUUUCUUAUUUUUCUUAUUUUUCUUUAUUCUUAUAA